CCAGCCUGUCUCUGAUGUCACGCUUUGCACUAAGCUGUAGCUGGUGAUGGCGGCUGGAUGCUGGAGUGCUUGCUCUUAUAGCUGGAGCUGGUCUCUCUAAUGGAGACAGGAGGCUUCAAUAUCUGGGACCAACAGCAUCUCCUCCGUUUCCUGAAAAAGCUGAAGGAGGUGUUUGAUGUUUGUGAUGAGGACGAAGAUGGCUUUAUCAAGGUUGAACAUUUCAUAGGGCUGGGGUCUCAGUUCUCCCAGGAAGAUGAGGUGGAAAAACUUGCAAAAUAUUUGGACCCUAAUGACUUGGGCAAGAUCAAUUUCAAGCAGUUCUGUCACGGGGUACUUGCCAUUAAAGGCUGUGACGAGCUGGUGAAAGGGGUGCUUGGAGUCAGCAGGAGGGCGACCCCCGAUUAUCAGACGGAAUAUGGGGGGUACUAUUACCAGAACGCUGAAAACACAGAGGGGAUUUACCUGGACACGGAGAGUGCAUACAGUGACUCUGAGCUCUUCCCGGAUGAUGAUAACAUGACACUGUCGCAGAGGGAUCCCCACCAUGAGUCUGACCUGGACAGCGCCAUCGGAAGCACCAACAGUUCUGAAACAUCAGACGAGUGUAGGAGUGAGGAUAAGGCCGGAACACUUGAAGGGCUCUACCUACCUGGAGAUCAAAAUCUUCUCAAUCCUUCCGCAGCGUCUGAUUUCUCUUCUCAUUCCACGGCUUCGCUGAUUAGCAACGAGGAGCAGUUUGAAGACUACGGAGAGGCAGAUGAUGUUGAUUACAACCCUGGCAGCCCCUGUCCCGAUGAUGAGAGCAGAACAAAUGCAUUUUCUGAUCUUGGCUCAUCUGUGUCUUCCAGCGCGGGGCAGACUCCUCGGAAAAUGAGACAUGCGUACAAUGGCGAGUUGCUGGACAUGUACUGCUCGCAGUGCUGCAAGAAAAUCACUCUACUCAACGACUUGGAAGCCAGACUGAAAAAUCUCAAAGCCAACAGCCCCAACAGGAAGAUUACCAGCACAGCCUUUGGGAGGCAACUUCUCCACAACAGUAACUUCAGCAGCAGCAACGGGAGCACAGAGGACUUAUUCAGGGACAGCAUUGACUCCUGUGACAAUGACAUUACUGAAAAGGUGAGCUUCCUUGAGAAGAAAGUUUCCGAACUGGAAAACGAGAACCUCACCAGCGGGGAUGUGCAGAGUAAACUGAAACAUGACAACACACAGCUGGUACAUCGGGUUCAUGAGCUGGAAGAACUUCUAAAAGAUCAGGAGACCAGGUCAGAGCAGAUAUUGGAUGAGGAAUUUAAACGUCACCGAGAAAUGUUCGGCAAACUCCAGAAGGAAAAAAACACAGAGAUUGAGCUACUGAACGCCAGGGUUCAGGAGCUAGAGGAGGAAAAUGAAGACUUACUAACGAGCAUUACCAGACUGAAAUCCCAAACUGAGAAAAUAGACGAGGAAAGGCAGAGGAUGUCCGAUAAACUGGAAGACACCAGCUUACGGCUUAAAGAUGAGAUGGAUCUAUACAAGAAAAUGAUGGAUAAAUUGAGACAGAACCGUCUGAAUUUCCAGAAGGAAAGGGAUGCCACACAAGAACUCAUUGAAGACUUGCGGAAAGAGCUUGAGCAUUUGCAGAUUUAUAAAAUCGAUUGUGAGCGAGGACGAGGACGCAGUGUGUCCUCAGGGCUUUGUGAGUUUAAUUCCAAGACAAGAGAAAUGGAACUGGAACAAGAAAUCAGAAAGCUCAAACUGGAUAACCAGAAACUUCGGGACCAAAAUGAUGAUCUAAAUGGACAAAUCCUCAGCCUUAGUCUGUAUGAGGCCAAAAAUCUGUUUUCCACCCAGUCCAAGGCUCAGUCCCUGGCUGCCGAGAUAGACACUGCCUCCAGGGAUGAGCUCAUGGACGCCUUAAAGGAACAAGAGGAAAUCAACUACCGUUUACGGCAAUACAUGGAUAAAAUCAUCUUGGCCAUUCUUGAAAAUAACCCUUCGAUACUGGAAAUUAAAAACUAAUAUGGACUUCUACUUGGACACAGAGUGGAGCUGGAAGUAGAUAGUGCUUCUAACUCCUAAAUAUACUGUGAGGCAUAAAUAUAGUUUUAUAGAUUUCACUCUGAUGUGUUUCAGUGGAUUUCUGUUGCUUUGGUAAAGCCGUAACUUUGUGAACAAAAAACAUGCCAAUAUUUUGCUUUUUCUUUUUUUCCCCAAGACACUUUAUGACUUUUUGCUGCUGUAUUUUAGACGGAUAGAACUGGAAGUCUUUGGUACACGUUCCUCUGUAGCUCUACGUCUAGUAGUAUGCUCAAUGCUAGGUUGCCCCUUGACUGAAGAUGUCAUUGUUUGAAUGCAUCCUGGCUUUGCCGUUUUCCCACCGAUUUCCUCAUUACACCCAUCAGUCGCCAGGUUUAAUAUCUGUGUGACGACUGCUGACAGCACAAGGGUUAAAUAUUAGCUAGAACGCCCUAUGGGUUACGAUUUAAAAAUGUUUAAUGUAGGUCAGUACCUUAAACCGUGAUCUCCUUAAAACAUGUGAAGCCCGGAAAUAAAAGUGAAGUUAGCAGACAUUUGUUAUAAAAUCACAGGAACUGUUAUGC